UAGUUUUCCGUCGCAAAUUGGAUAUCAUGAAACGACAUGAGUUUCUGUGGGAGCCUUACACAGCAACUGUUAUGUCGAUGUUGCCUCCCAUUUGUUUGGUUGGCAGUAUGUCGUGGUGCGCAGUGGUGCCACUCAUUUGUUUCCAUGUUGUAGAGUGGCACCAACCGGAUAGAGUGUUGCGACAAUUUGGAAUGCAACAACCUAUUCCGGAGUCUCCUUCGCAACCAUGGAAUGUCCACGGGCUAACACUGAAAGGCAAAAUGGAUGAAAAUUGGUUCCAGCUGUUGGCCCCAUUUAUCAGUCAGUGGAAUAAUCGAGCUGAGUUUAGGGUCGACGUUUAUGCUCGACAAGAGGGCCUAUUGAGUUUUAACUCGGAUUACAUGGUGUGGUAUAGGCGCAAAACAAAAAUGUUUAUCGACCCAAACAAUGCAAACACGGCUACAUUGGGUGAAGUUACCGAGACAUUGCAGUAUAUGGUGUCACCCCAAGGGCGAAACACAUGGACAGUUGAUGAUCUCGUGCCAUAUGUGGAAAAGUUAGCGAUUUGA